CUGGCUGGAGUGACAGAGGAGGGGGGAGCGCCUGGGCCCCGCGCGCCAGCCAGCCAGUCAGCGCGCGAGUGGCCCCGCGCCGCCUCCCUUUCCCCCCUCGCUUUCUCCUCAGAGCGCCUGCGCACGGGCGCGCGGGCCUCUGCCACCUUCUCUCCUCCUUUACCCCCCUCCCCUUCUCUUUCGCCCCAGAAGAGGCGACGGCUGUGGUGGUGGCGACGGCGGCCGCCAUGGCCCAGCAGGGCCCCAAACGCGGGCCGAGAUAGGGGGGCUGUGGCGGAGGCGGUGGGGGGACAAGGAAAAGGCUCGGCCUCCCCCGUAGAUAUACACACACACACGCCUUACCGGGCCCCGGAAAAGGGGAGGGCCCCACCUGAAGCAGCUCGGUGCUGCACAAGGAAACAAGUGAGGGCCCCGGUCAGAUUUGCAGUUUGCAAAUCUUAAUAGACGCCGCGUGCAAUAAUGGGAAGGAUCAGGGAGGAAAUAAACAAAUGUAGGUCCAUUUUGAUAUACUGUAGAUUCUAGCAAACAGCAAAAAAAAUGGGUGUCAAAACAUUUACCCACAAUUCCCCUGGACACAGCCAGGAGAUGCUCGGGAAGCUGAACAUGCUGCGUAACGAUGGGCAUUUCUGCGACAUCACCAUCCGUGUCCAAGACAAGAUUUUCAGGGCGCACAAGGUGGUGCUGGCGGCCUGCAGUGACUUUUUCCGUUCCAAGCUGGUCGGGCAAGCGGAAGAAGACAGCAAAAGCAUACUGGACUUGCAUCAUGUGACUGUAACCGGGUUCAUGCCUCUUCUGGAAUACGCGUACACAGCAACAUUGUCUAUUAACACCGAAAAUAUUAUUGAUGUCUUGGCCGCAGCCAGCUAUAUGCAAAUGUUCAGUGUUGCUAGCACCUGUUCUGAGUUCAUGAAGUCAAGCAUUUUAUGGAACACUCCCAGUAGCCAGCAGGAAAAAGUGCUAGAUACAGGACAGGAAAACAAUACAAAUUGCAAUUUUACUUCUCGAGAUGGCAGCCUUUCUCCAGUUUCUUCAGAAUGCAGCAUGGUAGAAAGAGCCAUUCCUGUCUGCCGAGAGUCACGGCGGAAGCGCAAAAGCUACAUAGUCAUGUCGCCUGGAAGUCCGCUUAAAUGUAGCACUCAGACAAACUCCCCACAGGUUCUGAAUCCUUCAGCUUCCUAUGCAGAGUCUAGAAGUCACCCUGUAGACUCUUCUUUGGCAUUUCCUUGGACUUUCCCUUUUGGAAUUGACCGGAGGCUUCAAUCGGAGAAGGUGAAGCAAGUAGAAAAUUCUCGGACUCUAGAAGUGCCUGGCCCAGCGGAAGCAUCCAGAAGAAUUACUGAUUAUGUGACUUGUGAGAGCACAAAGGUCAGUUCACCUCUGGUGAUUGAAGAAGACGUGCGUGUCAAAGUGGAAAGGUUGAGUGACGAGGAAGUUCACGAGGAAGUGUCACAGCCUGUCAGCGCAUCCCAAAGUUCUCUGAGCGACCAGCAGACGGUUCCUGGAAGCGAGCAAGUUCAGGAAGACCUUUUGAUCAGCCCACAGUCAUCUUCUAUAGGUUCAAUAGAUGAAGGAGUCACUGAGGGAUUGCCAACACUCCAAAGUACCUCUGGCGGUAAUGUUCAUGAUGACGAUCGAUUGGAGACUGUCCAGUAUCCUUACCAGCUCUAUAUUACUCCUUCUACCAGUAGCAUAGAGAGACCCAGCCCAAAUGGUCCUGAUAGGCCUUUUCAGUGCCCGACUUGUGGAGUUCGAUUCACUCGUAUUCAGAACUUAAAACAGCACAUGCUCAUCCACUCAGGCAUUAAACCAUUUCAAUGUGACCGUUGUGGGAAAAAGUUCACCCGGGCUUAUUCGCUAAAGAUGCAUCGCCUGAAGCACGAAGGUAAACGCUGUUUCCGGUGCCAGAUAUGUAGUGCCACUUUCACUUCCUUCGGGGAAUAUAAACACCACAUGCGGGUUUCCCGGCACAUUAUCCGCAAGCCUCGGAUUUACGAGUGCAAAACUUGUGGCGCCAUGUUCACCAACUCUGGAAAUUUAAUCGUUCAUCUGAGGAGUCUGAACCAUGAAGCGUCAGAGCUAGCAAACUACUUCCAGAGCAGUGAUUUCCUAGUACCGGACUACUUAAAUCAAGAACAAGAAGAGACCCUCGGCCAGUAUGAGCUAGGAGAGCAUGGAUUUGAAAGCAGCUCCUCUGUCCAAAUGCCUGUCAUUUCGCAGGUCUCAUCAACUCAGAAUUGUGAAAGCACUUUCCCCUUGGGGCCUCUGGGUGGGUUGGCAGAGAAGGAGGAAGACAUGCCAGAGCAGCCAAAGACUAUCGUAAGUGCCGAGGCAAGCCGAGAUGAGCCCCUGAAACCGGGGCUCUCGGCUAUUACUAUUGAGUAAGUCAGAGUUUGGUUUCAUUUUUGUCUUUGGAAAGUGCCUGUGUUUGGUCUUGUACAUUUUAAUUUAAUUUUCAGAAUGCGGGGGGAGAAUGCACCCCCUUUAUUAUUUUGUAAGCUAUGCUGUUAAAACCAUAAACUGCAAGAGACAUUACACUAUCUUCACAACCGAGCAGCCACUUCCGUGGAAACAUUUAAGGCUGAGAUGCACAGUAAAAUUCUGUCUGAAAGCCAAGCACACACAAGCUCCAGUUAUUCUGCAGUUAGCUACAAUCAUCGUGAGGUUCUGUUGUUUCUGUUUUUCCCUUUCCCCAUCUGGGUUUUUGCAGAACUUCUUGUAAAAGAAGGGAGAUUGAUGACUCUUAGAAUGAAAGUAACGCAUCAUGAGUCAAGCACUGAACAGACAUUUGAUGAACAUUGGUAAUCAUUUGAGUAUUUUCUCUUAGAAGGAAUUGCUUUGGUCUCUUGCUUUUCUUGGGCAUGCAGUAACUAUUACUGAAACUUGCAGGACCUCCUCUGUUUUUAAAGUGGAUGAUUGAUUGGAUUUGGCAAUGCAAAGAGAAGGAACAUGCCCCGGUAUGUUCACCUCUGGUAUGCCACUCCUUUUUAGAAACUGUUAAUUGAAAAUGGCCUUAUCUGGAUUUUAUUCUCCGAAGUCUAACUGUUCUCUCCUCGUCCUAGUAAUAUAUAAUCACUUGGGAUAGUGGAAAAAAAAUAACUUGGGAUAGUGGAAAAAAAUGACAAAGGAGAGAGUUUACAAAGGGCAAAAAAAAGAGAGAGUUUCUGUGCAUUAAAUGCGGUUAUACAUCUUUGUGUGUACUUACCGCGGUUUUAUUCGUCUGUUUUAGAUAAAAACAAGCAAUUUAUUUUCGUUUAGAGGCCAAGUUUCUAACCCAAACAGGGGUCUGUUUACAAAAGGCCUGUUAGCAAUGAUAAAAUGUUAUUAUUCUAAAACAUUUUUUAUACCCUUGGCCCAGCUGGUUUCAUAAAAACCAUUCCUCCAGCUUACAUUCACGACUCCAGCAAGCAAUAAUGUGGACCUGCCAUUUCAUCCCCCCCACCCGUUUAUAAGAGGUUGAAAACACAUGGCAUAAAGCAUUUCGAGCCAGCAAUUUCCAUUUCAUUGCCAAUGUCUUCUGUUAUUGGUAAGGCUUAAAAAUUUUAAUUAAAUAUUAUAUUAGUUCUUUUACACAAUAUUGAGCAUCCCAACAAAGUUGAGCUUCAUAAUUCAUCUAAUAGGGGAAAAAACCCCAAGAUGUUAGAUUUGUUCCUGGAGGAGCUGGUGAAUUGAAUUUCAUGCCAUCAUCAUUACACUGAGGGGAAAUUGAUGAAGGGCUGAUAGGAACAAAAGAAGUCUCAAGUAACUGCGGAGGUCAGAUUACAGGGUUGAUACUCUGUGCAGCAGCGCUUGAAGUCUAGGAAACGGUGGCAGACAGUUUCCAGGGAACAGGACAUUUCUGCCUAUAGCACACCCACUCAACCUAAAGAGACUGCUUCUUGCACUUCUCUGCUAUUUUAGUAAAGGGCUUCACAGAGAAAUAUGACUCAGUUUUGAAUUUAAGUGUUCCAUUAAGUAGGUUUUUCUUCCCAUGAAUUUUUAAAGAUUUUUUUAAAAAAAAAUUAAAGCAUUUUUCCAGAGUUGUAAAAAAAUGACAUUUUGGGCAAGAAAUACAUAUUCUUGAAGAACUUGUUGCAAAGGAUUAUGGGGCUUGGAAGAAAUAAUACGGGUGGCUUAAUCACCAACUUAAAUCCAGCAAAAGUGGCCACUUGCUAUUUGUACAGUGAUCUUUGCUUUCUAAUAACUAUGUAGGAGUGAGUCUCAGUGGUAAAGGACACUGAUCAAGGAGAGAUAGAUUCAUGCUUUACGGGUAACCCAGCAAGUAAAGUGUGCAGCUGUUUUUAGCUUCUUGUUCAUAGACUUAUGUGUUCUGCUCACAUAUGCAUCUUAUCCAGUAUAACUUUUAAUGAGGAACAGUGCGCGGAUUAUAUUGCCAAAGCUAGAGCAGAUCAUCUACAUGGACAGUUUUUUUAGGAAGAUUUAAAACUUGGUAUCAGACCACAAAUUGCUUUCUGAAAGUGGGAAAGACCCUAAAAGAAGACAUUCAUAAUGAUUCUGCUUUGAGCUCAAAAGUUUACUUCCAUUGUCCUUAUGGGAAAUAAAAGUGAAUCUAAUGACUGUUUGCAUGAACUGUGGGCUUCUGUGUUGUGUCACAGUUUUUAAAAAGACUCCCUCUUGUUACAUUUAUUCAGUAUUCUUAAAUCUCAGCCCAGGAUCAGCUCAUAAUGCUCUCUUUUCAUAAGACACAUGUUUUAAUACAAGUGAAAUGUUCUUUCUUAAAGGUAUUCACUGCUGUCCAUAGAGCUACCUACCAUUGAAACAAGUGUCUUACUGUUGUUCUUGUUGUCAUCUUUAGUUCUGGAAAUUUUUUGUUUAUUUAGCCACAGGGAGACUUCCAUUGUUAGAAGUGCUUUAAGCUGAAACUCAGUGGAUGACCACUGAGAAUUAAAAAGCAGGCCGGAUUCUAACCCUUGACCAACCUAGAACAUGUCGCCCCAGUGCUUUUUAGAUUAAACUUACUUCCAAGUUAAUAUGCCUUUCUUGCAAAUUACAAUUGGUAAAUUGACAUCUUGCGGAAUAUCUGACCCUCAAGUUCCUUUUUUUCUGGCCCCUGAAAGCUUAGAUGUUCUGGCCACCACUUGGGCAAAUCCAAGUCUGAGGGCCAGAUGAGAUGUGAUGCUAUAGAUCCUUACAGUACCAUGCCCAAAUGUGGACUGGGACUGCUGUGCUUCUUGCAGUGGUCUCAAUCCAAAUCAAGAGCACAUGUACCACUAUUCAAAAAAGCUAUCAGGAGCUUCAUUCAGUGUCCUCUUGCAGAGUGCAUGAAUGAACCACCCUCUAGCAGCUGAGGUUUACCAUAGCCUUAAAAGACUGGCCAUCUGUGCUUUAAAGUAAAGUAGAAAAAAUAAUUUCUAUUUUUGCCAGGGCAGUGUCACAAGAAUUAUAUUUGUAGAUUGCAUGCUAUUUCCAACAUAAGAUCGUAAAUUGGGUUCACAUUGGUGACAGAGUAGAAUACUCCUCAUCAACUAAUGGCUCUAUGGUUACUGUCCAAUGUAAAUUCCUACGGUGGCUUGGUGGAGCAUUACAUCGUAUGUACAUACCUCUCAAGUAUCAGGAUGUUCUGUACAGCUUUCCCAUCUGUGGAGUGUAACAAAAAAACCCACGUUUAAACUCAGAUGGAAGGCAUCUGUUCCCACACAGUUCAGAAAGGGGGGCCUCGUCGAGAUCUAGAAUCCACACCUGACAUUUCCCCUCAUUUCUUUCCCACACAGUAGGAGCAGAAUUGCACAAUGCUGUGAGGUUUAGUUUUUAAUGUGCCAACCGAUCAUGCUCCUUAAGGGUCCUGUGGAGAGUAUACAUACUUGGAGAUGAGAUGACGUUUCCCCAAACUGCAAUACGGAAAGUCAGCUUCAUGUAGCAUAAUGUCUUUCUAUCACCAGCUUGUUUCUCUUGGAUGCAUGUUUGGGAAGUCAAUUUGACCUCUCUUCUCAGGCUGACCGGUUUUAUGCUCACAGUUCUGAUGCUGAACAUAAUAGUCAGCUGAGCAGUUGAGAAUAGUUCUAGUUUUGGCAUUUGUCCUUAGACGAAAAAGUGUAAAUGUUUCAUUUCUUUUUAAAUGAAAGCAACCAGUGCCAGUGUAGCAAAAGAAAAAAAACAUUAUAGAGAGAUACUAUAUUUUAUAAAGCUAUAGUCCCUAGGCCCAAAAAGAGAUUAAAAUUGUAUUUUUUUAACAAUGCAUUUGCAAAUUUUUAAAGCAGUGGCUUUGGCCAAUUUUUUUUUUACUUUGUUCUUUUGUUCCCAAUUUUUUCUUCACCAGCCUCAAGAUAGCAGAGGGUUAGAUCCCGAUUCUUAGAGUUCUGCCGAAUUCCCCUAUAUCAAGAAAUGGCUCUGAUUUGAUAUGUAAUGUACAGGAGUACCAACUUCACGAAGUUCUUUGGCUGCCUUUCUGCAGAAGGCUAUCCUUUUCUCUUAUUCCGAUAGAGAACAAAACGUUACCGUUACUGACCUCCAGCUUUGCAAGAACAAGCGGUCCUUGCCUGCAUUCUGCCGUAUUAUGGGGCUUUUAUGGGCCACGUUUGGCCAGGAAGCGGGAUAGAAAUAUAUUAAAAAAUAAAUACUAGAGCUUAUCCGUAGAAUAAAGCUGGUAUUAAAAAUACAAAAUCUAUUUUUAAAUGCAAAAAUAACCGGUGUGUGCGUGUGUCGUUUUGUUUUUUGUUUUUAUUUUCUAUAUGGUAUUGAAGUCCUUCAGUGGGUCUUAUAAAGCUCACCCUGAGAUCCGGCUGUGUUAAGGGUGCUUUCAUGUAGCUCUGUAGUGACCUCGGAGGGUUUUGAGACACCUCGAAAGGGGCAGGGCCAAGGUUGCUGCUAGCUGCUGAUAGUCUGAUAGCCCUGAGUGACAGAAGCUGAGAUUGGUUUCUGGCUUUGCUUCUGCAGUGCCUCAAUUUCCAGGGCUUUGGGAAUAAUCUUUGGUGGGGUGCGGCGCUAAAGUGGCCAGAAUUGAAGUUCUCGGUGGUAAUCUCACAAGAACAGCAGCCUCCCUCCCCCUUUUAACUGUGCCAGCCUUCGGUCACCAGCCGCCAUCUUGUUCCGCUUCCCUUGUUCGUGCCGACCGCAGCUACACUACUUGGCAUGUUUAUUGACUUAAUGGAAAUGUUUCUUGGGUUUGUUCUUUUUGUUUUUUUUAAAUGUUGAAAUACACUUUGCAUUUUAUAUACUAUAUCUGGCUAUUAGUAUUUUUCAGGAACCCAUAGUUCUCGGUGGCUAUAUAUAUAUUUUUGUGACUUUUUGUAAACUAAAGUGCCGUUUCACUGUUACAAUCAUUUUUAGAGUUCUUGUAAUCAAUGUGAAUAUCAUGGUUUUUUCAAAUCUGUUCUGAGCCUGUAGUGUUUGCGUUUGUGAUUCUAUGUGUAAUGUAUAUAUUCUGUAUAGUUACAUUGUACUGAAAUAUUAGCUUGUUUGAUAUAAGAAGAAUAUGUAUUGGGUACCUUUUUGCUAGCCUGGUUGUUUAAUCUUUAAAAAAAACCUUCAAAAAUUUUUUAAAUCUCCAGACUUGGUCCCAUUAUAAGUCAAAAUUGAGAGGGAAGAAAAACUAGUUUUGAGUGUCUUUGGAUAGAAACAUGAUGCUAAGAUUUUUCAUUAAAAUAUUAAUGUUUUAUGGAGUAA